CAGCUACUCUGAGGAGGGCUCGCCUGACUCUGGUAUCAGUGACUUCCGAAACCCUCAUUUGCACUCUCAUCAACUCCCCCAUCGUCACCGCCUUUUUACUCCGCCUUGACGACGUCGUUUUAAGACCCAACUUCUUCUUCACCUCACUGGAUGCCGUCAAACUCAACGACCUGUACAACGACGCCGACGGAUUCCGUUUAUCUCCUCUGUUAGAAUGUGAGACGAACGUUAACGGCUUCGGCCCUGAACUCCGGCAAGCACCGACGAGAAUCUCGUAGGCCGUUUCCUGGAGCUCCAAUUCGGACAAAUUGGGAGCCGCUUCCGCGAAAGGGGAGCGAAGGUCUUCCACCUCGACUUGGUGUACCCGCAUGGUGUUCUGCGACUCUUCUCAAGCUGAAACUGAUUAAGAUUGCUUAUGGAAACUAAUGAAAAGAAAUUGCAAUGUUGAGUGUGAUAGAGAGUGAGUUUGUGUGAAGAUUGGGUUUUGUUAUUGUUGCUUGGCUUUUAAAUCAUGUUCAUGUUGCUGUUGUCAUGGUGAGGCACUUUCAAGUUCGAGAAUGAAGACGUGUUUGUGACAGUCUUGCUUUAUGGGAAGGAAGUUUUGCUUGCUUGUCUUGUAUUUGAAAGUCUCAAUUUGCAUUGAAGAUCACUUUCUGUUUGGAGACUUAACGUAUUCUUAUGAUAAAUUUGCGUGUUGAACAUUUGGAAACGAGUAAAUGAAAAGCAAAAUAAAGGAAAUAAAAGGUUAGAUUUAUUCCAUCAUUAUUUAUUUAUUGUAAAUUCAGGUCACUUGCAAAGAUACAGGUUUAUGGAUGGUGGAUAUUUAUAUUGAUUUCCAGAUUCGACUUCGCUUCGCUUCAGAUCAAUCUUUCAAGUAAUGGGCACACAACAAGAACUUAGAACUGAGUGAGACACGGAAUGAAGUUGAUCGAACCCGAACCUGGUGGUGCUGGGUGGGGCUGAGUUAUCCAAACCAAAAAUGAAGGCAAAGCAAAAUCUUCACCAAGCCGUAGAUCUUCUGCUUUCUCGUGGCCCUGCUUCAUUUGAUGACUAUACUCGUCUUGUGCUUCAUUGUGUUCGGGCCAAUGACUUCAUUCAAGCCAAGAGAUUGCAGUCUCACAUGGAACUUCACCUUUUUCAACCCAAAGAUUCCUUCAUCCACAACCAACUCCUCCAUUUGUAUGCCAAAUACGGCAAGCUCUCACAUGCUCAAAACCUGUUUGAUAAAAUGACAAAGAGAGAUAUUUAUUCUUGGAAUGCCUUGCUUUCUGCUUAUGCCAAGUUGGGCAUGGUUGAGGAUUUGCAUGUUAUCUUUGAUCGAAUGCCUUAUCGUGAUUCUGUUUCAUAUAACACAUUGAUUGCAUGUUUUGCAAGUUACAGACAUUCAGACAAAGCAUUGAAAGUUCUUGUGAGAAUGCAGGAAGAUGGGUAUCAGCCUACCCAGUACUCCUAUGUCAAUGCAUUGCAAGCUUGUUCUCACCUCUUAUAUAUGAGGCAGGGGAAACAGAUUCAUGGAAGGAUUGUUAUUGCUGAUUUUGGGAGAAAUGCAUUUGUAUGGAAUGCUGUGACUGAUUUGUAUGCCAAGUGUGGUGAUAUAGAUAGGGCACGGUGGUUGUUUGAUGGAAUGAUUAAUAAGAACGUUGUUUCAUGGAAUCUCAUGAUCUCUGGCUAUGUAAAAAUGGGAAACCCUGAUGAGUGCAUUCAUUUGUUUAAUGAAAUGCAGUUAUCAGGUUUGAAACCUGACCUAGUAACAGUUUCAAAUGUUCUCAAUGCUUACUUUCAAUGUGGACGAAUAGAUGAUGCAAGGAAUAUGUUUAGUAAACUGUUCAAAACGGAUGAGAUUUGUUGGACAACAAUGAUAGUUGGUUAUGCACAAAACGGAAGAGAGGAGGAUGCUUUGAGGUUGUUUGGUGACAUGCAGCGUGGACAUGUUAGACCUGACUGUUGCACCAUUUCAAGUGUGAUCAGCUCCUGUGCUAAGCUAGCUUCAUUGUAUCAUGGUCAGGUUGUCCAUGGAAAAGUAGUUGUAAUGGGAUUUGAUAACAACAUGCUUGUGUCAAGUGCUCUUGUUGAUAUGUACUGCAAGUGUGGAGUCACUUCGGAUGCUUGGGUCAUUUUUGCAACUAUGCCUAUUCGGAAUGUGAUCACUUGGAAUGCCAUGAUUCUGGGUUAUGCACAAAAUGGACAGGUUCUAGAGGCCUUGGCUUUGUAUGAAAGAAUGCAACAAGAAAAUUUCAAACCUGAUAAUAUUACCUUCAUGGGUGUCUUAUCUGCUUGUAUCAAUGCUGAUAUGGUCAAAGAAGGACAGAAGUAUUUUGAUUCAAUCAGUGAACAAGGAAUGACACCCACAUUGGAUCACUAUGCAUGUAUGGUCACUCUUCUUGGUCAAUCAGGCGGUGUCAAUAAAGCAGUGGAUCUGAUUAGAGGUAUGCCUCAUGAACCAGAUUUUAGGAUUUGGUCCACCCUACUAUCUGUUUGUGCCAAAGAUGACCUAAAGAACGCAGAGUUGGCAGCUAGUCAUCUCUUUGAACUGGAUCCACAUAAUGCUGGACCUUAUAUCAUGCUUUCCAAUUUGUAUGCUGCUUGUGGAAGAUGGAAAGAUGUCGCUGUUGUAAGAUCUCUCAUGAAGGAAAAGAAUGCAAAGAAGUUUGCUGCAUACAGUUGGAUUGAGGUUGACAAUGAGGUCCAUAGAUUUGUUUCAGAAGAUCACUCUCAUCCAGAAGUGAAAAAAAUCUAUGGUGAAUUGGACAGAUUGAUCUCAUCGUUGCAACAAAUUGGGUAUAAUCCAGAUACAAACAUUGUCCUACAUAAUGUGGGGGAGGAAGAAAAAGUUAGAUCCAUCUCUUGCCACAGUGAGAAACUUGCUCUUGCGUUUGCUUUAAUUAGAAAGCCCAAUGGUGUUGCUCCAAUACGGAUCAUAAAGAAUAUACGAGUCUGUGAUGACUGCCAUGUAUUUAUGAAAUUUGCAUCAAUUGCUAUAGCCCGACCAAUCCUUAUGAGAGACUCAAACAGGUUCCAUCAUUUCUCUGGGGGAGAGUGCUCUUGCAAGGACCAUUGGUAAAAGUAUCACUCAGAUGGCAAUCUACUGCACUUCAACUGUUUCGAAAAAGGAAGGGUGCUAUCAAUGUAAUAUGUACUAUCUAUAUCCUUUCUAAGAAUUUUGAAAUAAGAAAAAACCCAUGAUAUGGUUCAAGACUCCAAGUAAUAGUGCAGUUGUGCUGCAUGAGAAUACAAGGUGAGAAGAAGAACAAUACUUUGAUGAAAUUUCUUCUGACACACCAAUGCAGCAUAAGAUGUUUUGGGCUACAAGUAUACUUUGAAUUCAUUGAUCAAUACUUUACAUUGAAUGAGCAGGUAGAGCCUUGAAUGAAACUGUCCAGAAAAUUAUCAAAUGAUCAAAACUUGCAUUAGGAUUCAAUUGCUAGGUAUGGAAUAAACCCACCACAAAAGCAAAAUAAGGUGGAGGAGCUUGAUAUUCACCAGGUGAAACCAUGCGUUAUAGACUUGUUGUGUAGUUCACAAGGGAGCAAUGGGAUCUCAAAUGUAAUUAUCUUUGAUGCUUUGCUUCAGGCCAAAAAAUGCCACAGAACAGAGCACUAAAGGUCCUGCAACAUUAUUGAGAAUUAAGAUAGGAAGCUCUACAUUGUUGAAAGGGCUUUUCCUUUGAGUUGCAUAUCAAACUAUGUAUCAUUUCUUGGCAUUGUGGGUGUGCUAUUCGUUAUUCAGUUUUGCUUCAUAGUAAAUAAUAAUUGGCUUCAAUUUUGAAAAUCGUUUCAGUAAUAAUUGAAGUUUGUUCGUUAACCAUUGU